AUGGCGGAGAAAGAUCAGGUACAGAUUCAAGUUGCCCUCAGCAACGUUGGAAGUCAUUUGUCGGCAGCAGACCACGAACUCAACAUCAAUGCGGUCUUGUCGAACCCAUUGUCGCUUGGGGAAGUUGGUACCACUUUGAAGGAUGCUCAAAAGAAGUUUGUGAUGAAUAGAUUGCAUUUCGACGCUUUAAACUCGUUUGAAGAAUUGCCGCCAGCAUGCACGUUUAUAUUUGAGAAAAUCGAGCAAAUGUCCGAUGAAGAAGCAGUGCAGAUUUUGGAAAAAGCCAUUGACGAGCUCAGGGAUGACGUUAAUGUUCAAGAGGCGGACCUUGAACUAUGGCGCGAGUUGGUCAACUACCACAACCACAACCACAACCACAACCAGGAUCAAGGGGUAAAACACACCCGCGAUGAAGAAAAAAAGGCCAUGGCCUUGGUGGCUCAAUAUCUUUCAACGGCAAGGGGCACCCAUUUAAAGUGUCUACACUUUCUGACGUUAGCGAGCAUUCCACCAUAAGAGACAAUGCACCGAAAGUGGUUGACUGGAGUUUGCAAGUCAGGUUGGAAGCGGUUUUGAUUGCUUAUUGGUCCCCCUAUCCUGAAGUGAGAUCCGUCACUGACCCCUUUGACGACCCCAGUACUCCCGCGGAGACUGUUCGCGUCUAUAUCAUUGGAAUCGUAUGGCUUGCUAUUGGGUCUGUCAUUAAUCAGUUCUUUGCCGAGCGUCAGCCUGGUAUAGCUUUAGGCGGCGGCGUUGUUCAAAUCUUUCUGUAUUUUUGCGGCAUCUUUUUAGAGUGGACACUCCCCAAAUGGAAAUUCAAAGUGUUUGGUCAGACCGUUGAUUUGAACCCCGGACCGUACUCGUACAAGGAACAAUUGCUCAUUUCGGUUUUUUACGCAGUUGCCGCGGGCGGGUCUUACGUCACUUCUAACAUUUUGAUGCAAAAGUCGAAAUUGUUUUACGGCAACACCUGGGUCGAUUUCGGCUAUCAGGUCUUGUUGAUCUUGUCAUCCAACUUUUUGGGAAUCGGGUUUGCCGGAUUGUUGAGGAAAGUAGCGGUUUACCCACCAGAAGCAAUCUGGCCUUCGGAUCUUCCCACGCUUGCAUUGAAUCGAGGACUCUUGGUGAAGGGAAAGAAGGAGACCAUCAAUGGUUGGAAAAUACGCCGCUUCUCAUUUUUCUUUGUUACUUUUGGAGCCAGUUUCCUCUACUUUUGGAUUCCCUCGUACUUGAUGCAGUUUCUCAGUCAGUUUAACUGGAUGACGUGGAUUGCGCCCGAUAACCUAAACCUUGCCAUCGUCACGGGUUCCUUUGGUGGUCUUGGCUUGAACCCAAUAUCCAGUUUUGAUUGGAACAUCAUUGGUCUGAAUAGUCCCUUGGCGGUGCCUUUUUACAACCAGACCAAUUUGAUCACUGGCAUGUUUAUUGCAUUCUUUGUCAUCCUUGGGAUCUUCUACACCAAUUACAAAUGGACCGGGUAUCUACCAAUCAACUCAAACUCGCUUUACACAAACAAGGGUCACAGUUAUAAAGUGCAAGCCGUUGUCAAUAAGGACAGUUUGUUUGACAAUGACAAGUACCAGCAAGUGGGUCCUCCCUUUUACAGUGCCGCUAAUUUGGUUGUCUAUGGCGCCUUUUUUGCACUUUACCCAUUUCACAUUGUCUACGAAACCGGUAUGCACCACAGGGAGUUGCUCAAGUCGAUGCGCUCGCUUGUAAACGCCUUCAAGAGCUUUAGAUCAUCCACUUAUGACGGAUUCGACGACCCGCACUCGGUGAUGAUGCGCGCGUAUAAGGAAGUGCCCGAGUGGGCCUUUAUGAUUGUAUUGGUGAUUUCCUUGGUGUUGGCCAUACUCUGUGUCAAAUUGUAUCCAGCCGAAACUCCAGUUUGGGGUCUAUUUUUCGCCUUGGGGAUCAACUUUGUCUUUUUGAUCCCAUUGACAACGAUUGCUGCUAGAACCGGGUUCUCGUUUGGAUUGAACGUCUUGGUGGAGUUGAUUAUCGGUUACGCCUGUCCAGGGAAUGGAUUGGCGCUUUCCAUUAUCAAGGCAUUUGGAUACAAUAUCGACGGCCAAGCGCAAAGUUACAUUAGCGACUUGAAGCUUGGCCACUAUGCCAAGAUCCCACCACGCGCAAUGUUCAGGUGUCAGUUGCUCAGUAUCUUUAUUGCCUCGUUUAUACAAUUGGGAAUUUUGAACUUCCAAAUCACGGGAAUCAAAGACUACUGCAUGCCCCACAAUCGUCAAAAGUUUACUUGUCCUGGAACUACGAUAUUUUACAGUGCCUCGGUGUUGUGGGGUGUCAUUGGUCCCAAGAAAGUGUUUGAUCACUUGUACCCAAUCUUGAGAUGGUGUUUCCUCAUUGGUUUCCUCCUUGCAUUCCCCUGUAUUGCAAUCAAAAAGUAUGGUCCCAGGAAAUAUUUCAAAACGUUUGAGCCCACGAUCAUCAUUGGCGGGUUCUUGCAAUACGCACCUUACAAUCUUUCCUACUACAUUCCAGGUGUCUACGUUGCUUACGCCUUUAUGGUGCACAUCAAGGGCAGAUACGAGGCUUGGUGGCAAAAGUACAACUAUCUUCUCUCGUCGGGUCUUGAUGCUGGAAUCGCCUUUAGUUCCAUUAUUAUUUUCUUUGCUGUGCAGUACCACGAGAAGGACAUCAACUGGUGGGGUAACACUGUCAUGUACGCUGGAUACGAUGGCAGCAUGGUUGGUCGCUUGAAUGCUACUGAGCUGGCCCCAGAUGGUUAUUUCGGACCCAGAAAAGGCCAUUACCCAUGA